UUGGUUAGCAUUAAUGUAGCAUAAUGAACAGAGAAAACCAACAGGACAUUGAGGCACUGUUUCCACCACACCCAGAGGAACCCCAAGAGUCUGAUUGCUGUGGAAGUGGUUGCAGCCCAUGCGUGUUCGACAUUUACCAUUUGCAGCUGGUAGAGUGGGAGAAACAGUGCAGUGAGAUUCUCUAUAGUGAAAGAUGUUACUCAGAGACCAGUGACAGAAGGUCAUAUAAACCAUUAAUAUCACCAGUCAAGUUCAGUCAAUUCCAGCUACUUUCAGUGCAGCAACACACACAUGAUACAUUUGUGUACUUGUUCCAAGCUAUUACAGCCAGCCCAAAGAAAGACCCAGAACAUCAUGGUACAGAGUAUAUACAUGUCAGAAGACCUCUUGACAUAAAAGUGGGCCAACAUCUCAUCAUGAAGUGUAGUACAAAUGAAAAUCAAAACAGUGCCCUAACUAGGGCAUACACUCCUAUAUCAGACCUGAAAUACAGCAAUGUGGGACAGUUUGAAGUGUUGAUAAAGCUGUAUGAAAGUGGUAAAAUGUCUAAAUAUAUUCAGAACCUGAAGAAGAAUGAUGUUGUUGAAUGGCGAGGCCCAUGCGGAAACUUCAGUUAUGUGCCAAACAGCUAUAGACAUCUGCUGAUGCUUUGUGCUGGUACGGGAAUAGCUCCAAUGUAUCCCAUUGCCAAGUCCAUAGUAGAAAAUGAUUUAGAUGAAACUUUUCUUCAUCUGUUAUUUGCAUGCAAAGGUUUUGAAGAUAUCCUCCUUCGAGAUGAAAUGCAGCAGUUAUCUCUAUAUUGGAAUUUCCAUGCAGAAAUCUUUCUCUCACAGGUUGAGUCAACAAUAGAGAGCCAAACUCGUUAUGGUGAAUGUGUCAGGAAAGGAAGGAUAGAUAAAGCUGUUGUAAAUGAAUAUCUUGUAGGAAAGGUGUUACAGCAGGUUUUUGUUCUGGUUUGUGGGACAAAGUCAUUUAAUAAAGAUAUGAUAAAUUAUGUGAAACAAGUUGGUGUACCAGAUGAUAAUAUUCAUUUAUUUUGAAAUAUUAUGUUUUUACCAUAUUUACAUGGCAAUUUUUGCAUCUUUUUUUACCUCAGAACUGCUUCAUAAAAUUGGUUUGCCUACCUUAAAAAUAGUUUAACUUUUUAAUAUAACAUUCUUAAUUAUAGUUUUGUGUAUAUUAAUGUUGUGGUAAUGAAUUUUGGUCUCUGCUGCAUAUUUGUUUUGACCAGAUGUCUCACAAAACUACAUCAGAUGUAAGUUUUGAGUACAAGUUAAACUAUCUUUCCACAUGAAAAAGUAGUUCAGAACAGCUGCGUGAAAAUAUUAUUCCAAGAUUUGAUUCUUUAAGCUAGUUGUAACAGGUGCAGGAACAUUAAGGAAAUUCUGGAAAAACAUAGUGCAUAUGAUUUUGAAGGAUUCUGUGUAAGUAACAAAGCUCUUACAUGUGGGAACAAUAUGAGUUUGUUACAGUUAGCUUGUGAAUGGAGGACUAUAGAGUAUAUGUGUAAAGGCUUAGUCAUUGUCUUCAGUGGCUUCAGUAAUUAGGGAAUGUUUCUGCUAGCAUUUGGAGUUAUUAUAGAACAUUUAACAUUUACAAUGAAGACUGGGUAAUAACUUUCCCACUCUCCCUUUAUAAUAAAACCACAUUCAUAUAGAA